AACAACCUCUGUGUGCCAGAGGAGAAGUGCCCAUGUGCCAUAGAUGGGAUGCUCUACGCCCCGGGAGAUGUAGUACCCAAGGGCUGUGAGAACUGCUCCUGCCUGUCUGGCCAGCUGGGUAACUGCUCCCGGGCAGCCUGUGCAGACGUCAAUGGCCAUUGGUCAGAAUGGACCCCCUGGAGCGAGUGCUCAGCUUCUUGCGGGCUGGGACUCCAGAACCGGUACCACUUCUGCACAGACCCAGCUCCCUCUGGAAUGGGGAUGCCUUGCCUGGGGCCUGAGCGGGAAGACAGAGCCUGCCAUGCCCAGCCCUGUGCCA